GAAUGAAACGGCCAUCAACAUCAACCGCAACCACUGCAGCCUCCACUGUCUCGACGACGACUUCUUCAUCCCCUAAUAACCAUCAUCAGAUCUCCCAUUUCUCUUCCAUGAAUCAUCAUCCUUUGUUCUAUGGUUUAUCAGACCAUGUGAGUAGCUGUAAUAAUCUUCCAAUGAUUCCAAGCCGUUUCAGUGAUUCUUCAAAGACUUCUUCAUCAAGUGGUCUAGAGAGUGAGUUUCUCUCAUCUGGGUUUAGCAGUCUUAGUGCCCUUGGAUUAGGUCUUCCGCAUCAUAUGAGUCAUGACAACACCAUUAAUGGUAGCUUCAUCAACAACUCCACAACAAACAAACCUUUUCUUCUAUCGGGUCUAUUCGGGUCCUCGAUGUCUUCUUCUUCCUCUACUCUUCUCCAGCACCCACACAAGCCCAUGAACAAUGGUAGUGACAUGUUGGGACAAUACCAUCUCCAAACCCUAGCAUCUCUUGAAGAUCUGCAUGUUGGAGGUAACAAUGAAGACAUGAACAAAGGAGGAAAGCUUGAUCAGAUCUCUGGGAACAUUAAUGGGUUCAUGUCAUCAUCAUCUUUGGAUCCUUCAAACUACAACAACAUGUGGAAUAAUGCAAGUGUUGUCAAUGGAGCAUGGCUUGAUCCAACAAAUAAUAACGUUGGAUCCUCCCUCACCUCCUUGAUAUAAACAAAAAAUUUGGUUAUAUGAUCAUCUAUAACUAGCUAGGGUUUACCUUCAUCACUUUUUUUUUUCUCCUUUUUGUUUUGAGAUGAGAGAAGAAGCUUGGAUCAGAGAGAUCUAAUCAUUGGAAAAGUUAAUCUUGGCACCAUAAAGCUCCCUCGGAUCCUCUUCAUCUCACCAUCUCAAUCAUCUCUUCCUUCGCGUUGUUCAAGAAAAACAAAAGAGGUUCAAGAUUGGCUCAAGGUUUACUAUGGUCUACUGUUAAAUCCACUCGAGGUAAAUUAUAUGUGUAUGUAAAUAAUAUGGUCCUGACUUUGAUCUUUUUUUUGUUUCGUUUAUGUAAUUCUAAGGUCCACCACAUGGGUUGGUGUUUCUUUUCAUUGGGAUUAGGAGGGUAUAUUUGGCUUAAUUUGGGUUUCUCAUGGGGUCCGAGAACUCUUAAUAGUUUUCAAGUUCUAUAUCUUGUUUUAGUUUCACAUUUCUUUUUGUGUGACUUUCAUUGGGUAUACAAACAGAUGGAGGGUGUGAUUUUGUGUUGUUAUUACUUUGAUUAUUCAUGUAUGAGUUAUGUUCUUACGGUGCUUUUCGAUA